AUGUCCACCCUCAACCGACCUACAUGGGUCUCAUCUAACAAAAUCGAUGCUCGUACACUGCUCUCCGCCUUCCACAAAACCAUUGGCUACCUGGAAGAGCAAGUAAUACAGGUCAACCUUGACCUCAAUGUUGACCACACCACCUCCGCCCCCAAUGUUCCUAUCCCCAUUUUCGCUGCUACUGCACCAACCACUGUCUCCACCUUUGGGUCUGAAACUUUCCCCGAAAAGUUUGAUGGCAUCCGGACCAAAAUCUCCGGAUUCGUUACCCAACUCCGAAUGAAGCACGAAGUCAACCAUAAUCGGUUCCGCAAUGGGACAGCAAAGGUUAUCCAUGCGGUCAGCUGUUUGGAGGGAAGAGCUCUUGAUCAGGUAAUACAACUUGUUAACGCCAAUCCUGCUGACUUCUUUUCCUCCGUCACCUUCUUUGUCGCCCAGAUGAAAGGCUCAUUUAGAGACCUAAAUACCUAA